AUGCAUGUCUCUCCUGUCCCCCUCGUCAGCGCACGAUCACUUGCGGCGGCACACAUCGCGCACGAAAUAGAGUGCGCCGUCGCGGUGAGGUCUUUGAUGGACUAUGCUACAGCCCUUGUGUCUUCGUCCGACUGGGCUUGGUCCACCGCUCGUUUGGCGUCAUCAGACUCUUGUUGGGCACGGGCCACGGCGGUAUCUGAGCUCGUACUCGAGCUCGCCAUCUCCAGGAAUCUCGGAGUCAUGAACGUUGGCAUGUCGAUUCGGCUAGGUGGCAUGGGUUGGUUUACUGAUCAAGGAUCCAAGAGGACUGCGGCCCAGCGCGCGCUCGUGCUCGAGUUAACGCUUGCAGGGAAUGCCUUCGUCAUUAAUAACCGGACGAAAGCUGGGGAACCAGCUAACUAUACUCGGGUCACGCUCCUUGCGCCCGAGAUCCGGAGUGCGUUCGUACGGACAGUAUACACCAUCCUGUCCGCUGGGCGUUCUACGUCCCACGUCCCGCUCUUCGAUGCGCUUGUCAACCUCGGUCUGCUCUACUGGAAGCGUCACAGCCACCCAUCCAACCUCGUCUUGCUCUCGACCUUUACGCUUCUCGAGGCGUUUACCCUAGGCAUCGUCACCGCGUCCUUCGUCAACAUUAUCGUUCUAACCAGUAUGACUUCUCUGGUCUCGGUCCCCGGCUGUUCGGCGGUCUUGGCGCACUCAUGAUGACAGACACCGUGGGGAUCUUCAUCCCAUUCAGCAACACGAUCAACCUCAUCUAUGCCGUAGGCGGGUGCCUUAUAAUUCAACGGCUACAUUGUCUACGAAACGUACGUCAUUAACUGCCGGCUCUCGCCCGACGAGUACAUUCUCGGCGCUAUCAUCCUCUACCUUGACUUAAUCAACCUCUUCAUCAACGUUCUGUGUCUGCUCAACGACCUGCAGGAGCGGUGAUUCAUCCAGCUUCCGUUCAUCAAAGUUUAUCUCCCCUCUGUUAUUAGUUGUUUCUUUCUUCUCAUCGACGAGGUUUGAAAUCUGAGCUUUAUUAGUCCUAGGCUGUUUGUUUCUCGAGCAUAGCACUUGUUGAUAAUGGACAGCGAUGUAUAAGCGCACUUCCAUUGUGGUCCGUAUAAUUUC